ACAACAACAAUAAUAUAAGCUUCAAGCAGUCGCCUUAUCCUAGUGCAAUCGCCCCUGCCUCAGAAGCACCCGUGCUCUCGCUGCCACCACCAACAUCCUGCUCCGCCGUCAUCCUUUCCCAGCGAGUCUCCGUCGGGGUCCAUGCCUGCAGUCCCUCUAUCCCCCUUUGAAGAAGGUCGUCUUCGGACUUACCUGCAGCAGCUGUGUGACUGGCGUGGGACCAGCAGCUGCGGUCGCCACAGGUGCUGGGGAUCAGUCGACGUUCUCCAGCACCUGCUGACCUUGGUCCUCCUGGCUGGCUUAAGUGCUCCUCAGCACGUAUUUCCAGCAUGUGAAAACUCUACCUUAAGUAAAGUUUUCGGAUCGGAGGACAUGAUGUCAGUGUUACACGAAGCGGAUGUCAUCGUGGUGGCAGCCAUGACUGUCCAAGGCGAAGACUACUGUUUCCACGUGUCUGCUCCAAUCAAACCUCCCAUAUUCAGCGGCAAAAUAACAAUUGAUAAAUAUCAACCAAAACAAAGAGAGGGUAUGGCACGUAACCAAAUUCUUUUUCUUAAGAAUACCACAAGCAAUGGUUAUAAACUCUUGCGAGACUCGUUGAAACCCAAGAGACUGACCUCAACCGAAGUGUCCACUUUUCUCGACUGCAUAGAUUAUCAUCUAGUCACAGAAGAAGCUCCCACAGUGGAACUGGUUCAUGGUCGGGAAAGUUCCAGCUCCAGUAAGUUCCAGGGAGGGAGCGAUGAUGACAAGGACGACAAAAUUCACUACGAGGUAGUGGAGGGAACACGGGUCUCCCUGUUCUGCAGCCACAGCCGACAUGACUUUUUGUUCUCGAAAUUCGUUUCACUCUACACUUGGACUCUGCCCACCCAACAGGUAGUGGAGGGCCAAUCCGUACACCUCGAGGUAAACAAGACGCAGGCGGGCCACUACACCUGCCGCGCCCGCGUUAACACCCUGAUCUCCCCGCCCGCAACCCUCACCAUCACUGUCCUCUCGAUGACGUCACCGGAGUGGGUACCUGGCCCUCAUCAGCUGACAAAAUACCUGACUGAAGACGUUCACCUGAUCCUCUCCACCAACCUCAACCUUACUUGUCGUGCUUCUGCAAGACCUCCGCCUACCAUCACCUGGUUCAAGAACGGGCAGCUGCUGCAGUCUGAGGAAGCCAACGGAAGGAUAAGAGUAACGCAAGAAGAGCUUCUGUUCGCUCCAUUCCUCCCUGAUGAUAACGGUCGCUAUCGCUGUCUGGUGAUGAACAAAGCCGGCCACCUACUACACGAAGCGUACUUGUACAAGACCCGGUCUAUCAGCCCCAUGCUUAUCUUCCUCUGGAUUCUCCUGGCCGUCGUGUUGGCUGCCACCUUCACAGCCAUUCUCUUCUGCUUCAUUACGGGGUCUAGGAAGAGACAACAGAGCGACUUACAGGAGGUCGAGCGAAGGUUCCUGAAGGGAGCCCCAGCCGGUAACACUCCGUUGACGUUGCCGGAACAGGCAGACAUUCUGCCGUACGACGAAAGGUUCGAAGUGGCCAGGAAGAGGCUCGUUCUGGGAAAGCUGCUGGGGAGCGGAGAGUUUGGGAGUGUUUACUGUGGCACGGCCAAAGACUUAGUCCCCGGCGAGGCCCACACCCAUGUCGCCGUCAAGAUGGCCAGGUCGACAGAGGAGAUCUCCCACCUCAAGGCUCUCUGCACCGAGGCCAAGAUCCUCAUCCACAUUGGGCGACACAUCAAUAUCGCCAACCUGCUGGGCGUCUGUUCCGAGAAUAUGGGCUCCAAAGGUGAGAUGCUACUGAUAUUGGAAUACUGCCAAAAUGGGAACUUGUUGGAUUAUAUAAGGCAGCAUCAGCAGGACCUGGGGAGAGAGGUGUGGAGGCCAGAGGGACGCCAGGGGAAGAUAAGGGACCUGCAGCAGCAACUCCGGGAAGCUGGCUUGGGUCUGGCCUCUGGACACCCUCCAGCCUCCCGCCGCCGCCCCUCUGAUGUCACACCCUACACAUACUUCCAGUCCUCUGAUAUCUCACUACACCACCGCUGCUCAUCUGACGCCACCUUAUCUACACUCGGAGCGAGCAGCAGAAAUAACGUAAUUAGGUCCGGGUCGUUCUGCGGGUCACAUUUUGAGCUCCUGGGCGCCUCUGACACUUUACUCUCGUGGGCCUACCAGAUCUCCCGCGGCAUGGAGUACCUCGCCAUCAGGAAGGUGCUGCAUGGGGACCUGGCAGCCCGCAACAUCCUGCUUGACAACAACCUCUUGGUCAAGAUCAGCGACUUCGGUCUCUCCAGGACAAUGUACAGAGGCAUCUACUGCAAGGGAACCGGGCAAGCAGUCCCGUGGAAGUGGAUGUCGGUGGAGGGGCUGAGCAACGGGGUCCUGACAACGAAGAGCGAUGUGUGGGCCUUCGGAGUGGUGCUGUGGGAGAUCUUCAGCUUGGGCAAGGACCCGUACCCGGGCGUCACUUGUGAUGAUAACUUCAUUAGGAGUUUGGAGAGCGGCGAUCGACUGUCCCAGCCUAGCUUUUCCACCAAAGAUAUGUACAAGGUGAUGAAUGAUUGCUGGCAUGGGGAGCCGCGAUACCGCCCCUCCUUCACUCAUCUGGAGAGGACGUUGGCGCGCAUGAUGAGCCAGGCGCACAACAUGAGCGAGGCGCACAACAUGAGCGAGGCGCACAACAUGAGCGAGGCGCACAACAUGAGCGAGGCGCACAACAUGGGCGAGGCGCACAACAUGAGCGAGGCGCACAACAUGAGCGAGGCGCACAACAUGAGCGAGGCGCACAACAUGAGCGAGGCGCACAACAUGAGCGAGGCGCACAACAUGAGCCAGGCGCACAACAUGAGCGAGGCGCACAACAUAGGCGAGGCGCACAACAUGAGCGAGGCGCACAACAUGAGCGAGGCGCACAACAUGAGCGAGGCGCACAACAUGGGCGAGGUGAACAACAUGAGCGAGGCGCACAACAUGAGCAAGGCGUACAACAUGAGCAAGGCGCACUCUAAGUAUUACGCAAACACAGAAGAGAGAAAGAAGUCAGUGAGGAAUCAUGAGGUGCCCAAAACCCAUGGUACUAGCUACAGCAGCCUCCGUGAUCAAGUGGUCUUCCAAAUACAGCCAAGCACCACUUCUCGACGACCGCAAACACUCACCAAGUACAGCACUGUGACUCCUCUCGACGUACACUCCAGUGACGCACGCUCCAUUGACGCACACUCCAGUGACGCACGCUCCAGUGACGCACGCUCCAGUGACGCACACUCUGAUGACGCACAAUCCAGCGACGCACACUCUAAUGUCACUGUACCAUGUGACCUGGGGACCACUACUUGUCCACGCCAAGCGACGCACUACCUGCCCAUGCGCUGUGAGGAGAAACUCCAGAAGAAAGUUUGGAAAACAUGAUAUGUAUUAUUGAAGUAAGGAGUCGCCGAGAACCCUGCUACUUUAUACAGCUUGGAUGAGUAACCAUUCAUCUUAGUGGACUAACAAUCUUCGGUCCUAAGCAACAUCGGAUACGAUAUCGACUACAAGCUAGAUCCACUGAAGAGCAGAGGUGCCAUAUAGGCACAAACAAAGAGUACAUUAUGUUUGGGUAAGGUCUCGAUCAGCU